AGCAACCUUCAGGCGUCAGGCUUCGGAAAUUUGCUUAAAAUGAUGCUCUACGCCCAGGAAUCUCAAGCGACAUUGCUUAGCUCUGAAGAGAAAGGAUGCUGGCAGCAAGCCUUUUCUGUCUCUUCAAUUUGUUUGCCCAGAGUUAUUCAACGCCGGUACAAAAUGUACUGACAGCACGAUCACAAACCAAACCUAGAAAACUCCACGGUCGUUUUCUUCAAAUAACAGAUCUUCAUCCUGAUCCAUUCUAUUUGCCCGGUACAUCUACCUCCAAGGCGUGUCACAGGAAGAUUCCUAAAGAGGAGAAGAAACGUGCUGGUUACUACGGCACGCCGUAUUCUGCUUGCGACGCGCCUUUGACGUUGACCAACUACACCUUGGAUUUUCUCGCAGAGCAUUGGACAGAGGAAAUUGAUUUUGUCAUAUGGACCGGGGAUAAUGCGCGACACGAGAAUGACCGCAAAAUUCCGCGGACGACGAACGAGAUUUACGAAUUGAACGGUUCCAUAGCGAACAGAAUGAAUGAGAUUUUUACGAUGAAAGGAAUUCCUGUUGUUCCCAGCCUUGGAAAUAAUGAUAUCUACCCACAUAACAUACUUGCCCCAGGUCCCAAUAGCAUUACAAAUGAAUUUUACAAGAUAUGGCAGGCCUUCAUACCGUUUCCAUACCAGCAAGCAUUUCAGCGAGGGGCUUAUUUCGCAGUCGAAGUAGUACCCAAUGCACUUGCAGUGAUAAGUCUCAAUACGCUCUAUUUCUACGACGCCAACGAUGCUGUUGGUGGCUGCAGUCACACUGAACCAAACGACCCGGGGAACUUGCAAUUUACGUGGCUUGAAGACCAACUCAAAUCAUACCGAGAACGUGAAAUGCAGGUAUGGAUAACAGGUCAUGUUCCACCCUCAAACUACUUCCCCGAAUGUUAUGUACGGUAUGUUCAGCUGGCCUUGGAAUUUCAAGACACAAUCGUCGGUCACUUGUACGGGCAUAGGAAUGCGGAUCAUUUUUUCCUUAUCGAAGCUAAAGACAUAGAGGUUACCAACGACAUUCAUCAUGGUUUGAAACACGACAAUCUCUGCGAUUCGCUAUUAGACGACUUUGCUCAACUUCCAAAAUCAGGACGAACUGAUCUUGACGAUUAUGCCGUUAUAAAUGUAUCGCCCCCAGUGGUCCCAAAUCCCUAUCUUCCGACGUUCCGGGUUUUCACCUAUAAUAUCACAGAUGUGAAAGAUGCACUGGCUGAUAGCAGUCCAAUCCGACAGAUGAACUCGUUAGAUAGUUCACGGUCAGAGCUCUUGCAUCGAAGAAAACACAGAGAUAAUUCGUCUCAAUGUAAAGAGGGGUUGUACAGGAGUAGCUGGAAGUGCCAGCUUCAGUUUGAGCCACCGAUAUCGAUAAAUGCUGAUGCUCCUUCCCGUACCUCGAGAUUAUGGACGCCAUUGGGCUACGCUCAGUAUUUCAUCCCGGAUCUGAAGGACAAUGACAAGUCUCAUCCUCCGCGUUUUGAAUUAGAAUACACGACAUUGCCUGCCUCAGUUCUCUUACCCGAGGAAGGGCAGAAUCUGACAGAGUUCCGGUAUCCGAUCCCAUUGAGAAACCUGCCGAAUUCUUUGCGUGAGGGAAAGAUGAAGAAGAAAUAUUUUCCAUAUGAGAUGAAGGAUCUCACGAUAGGCUCUUGGUUGGACCUGGCACGUCGUUUAGGAGAUGUGAAGGAGAAGAAACUACGGGGAAAAUUCAGGCAGUACAUGUACCUUGGAGGAACAUAAUGAUAUCUUGUCUUCCAUAAUUUUAAAUAAUCUGAUUAAGCCAUGAU